CGGGCUACUCGACUCGAAUGACCAUGACAUAAUGGAGCUCGGCGAGCAGAGGACGCGGCUGCUGGACUCGAAUGACCACGACAUAAUGGAGCUCGGCGAGCAGAGGACGAGGCUGCUGGACUCGAAUGACCACGACAUAAUGGAGCUUGGUGAGCAAGGGACAAGGCUACUGAAUGGCCACGACAGACUCGAUUUCGCCGACAUCGAACAAAAUUUGGACCAUAACCCCUUAUCUAACGGCAAAGGAACACUGCGGAUCGGAUGGCUAAAACGGAACUGGCGAGACUCGUAUUGGCGAGACCUGGUAGCCGUCGCCGUUCUUGUCGGUAUCAUUUGCGGCGCCUUGGGAUAUACACUAGGGUUCUGGGCAAAGAGGAGUCCUGGGAGAGCGCUGCGGCCAGAUAUCGCUCCUCUCCGUAUCUUGGUCGCCGGCGACUCCAUAUCACAAGGUUGUGAGUCGAUGCAUACGUGGCGCUAUAGACUGUGGGAGUGGUUCCAGGCGAACAAUGUUCCAGUCACUUUUGUAGGUCCGUUCCAUCAAACGCGGCUCCAGCCACAGGACCUGUCCACCGGGGUUCCCUUGCCAGCCGCUCGCCAUGGCGAUGAACUCGACGGCCCUACUGCGAUGGACAAUGGCUAUGCUUUCGAUAUAGAGCCAGAGUUCCUUCGUACUGGAAGCGCCCACUUUUCCAUUUGGGGCAGAGAAAUCGCACAGGAUGUCGACAUAAUCAAUCAGCAAAUCCACGAUUAUCGUCCCGACUAUUUACUUGUCGAGCUCGGAUUUAACGAUUUAGCGUGGGCGUCACGCGAGCCCGAUGAAGCAUUACUCCUCAUGGAGCAGUUUAUAGAUAAGGCGCGAGCAACUAGCCCGGAACUUCGUUUUGCCGUCGCCAACGUGCCACAACGGAGCAAAGUUGGAGAUUUAGACAUUCGAACAGGGCAAUAUAACGAGAAACUUCGGGAAGCAAUCCCCAAGUGGUCGCUGCCUAGCUCGCCCGUGGAGUUGGUUGAAUUUAUGGAAGCAUACUCAUGUGGUCAAACCAACUGCCCCGCCGCUUUGGACGGAAUUCACCCCAAUAGUCGAGGAGAGUUCGAGAUUGCGCAUGCAUUUAGUAAAACUUUAUAUCACAAUUUCGGCAUAGGACAGCAGCCGCUUGCCCUUCCAGCUAAAUUCCCCAGUCGAACUUGUCUCACCCCAGCGACUGUUGCGAUUUACCCCAGCCAAGAGCGUAUUAGAUUCACAUGGGACUUUGUGUAUGGCGCGUAUGGCUAUGAGGUUCAAGUUCAGCAAGAAGGCGUCGAAUGGGUAAUUGAUUCUGCAAACUUUACUCAAGAGCGACACUUGGAUACUCUUUGGACAACGAAGGGAACAGCUUGGGAGUUUAGAGUGAGAUCAUAUUGCGAGUCUACUAUCAAAUCGGCGUGGACUCGUGCGGUAUCUACUACUAUGCCGUAA